GCUAUAAAUACUGCUCGAGCCUGCGGCUUCUCGUUUGUGUGUACGCGUGAAUGGCGAAGGUGCUGUGUGUGUGUGGGUCUUUGUGCUAUUGAAAGAAAAUUUUGUGUGAAUAAUUUAUUUUUAAAUUAUAUUCGUUUUACAAGGCACUUUAUACAAACUCAAAGGAUUUUCACAAUGGUUGCAACAAGCACACUAAACAGAAACUCGGAAUGCCUUUCUGAAUUUGCUGAUAGAGGAUAUGACCAGACUUGCAUCGAUUAUGAAAUGGACUUUUGGGAACGGUGUUUGGCAGAGCCUUACCUGGGUGCAGAAGUGUGUGAAGAACAGACAUGUCAGCAGCUCGCCCGGCUGCUUGAGGGCUGUCUGUCGAGGGCCAAAGCCAGCAAGCUGCAAUGUGCCCAUUUGCUGGUGCCAGAGACUCUCACCCGGCGGGUGGCACGGGAUAUGCUCAGGUUGGCAGCAGGGGAGCCGUGUGGGUUGCGGGGCUGUGUGCUGGAUGUGCAUCUCGAGCUGGAAGAGCAGCAGCACCGCUGUGAGAGACUCGAGAGACUUGCUUGCGACUCAAGUGUGGUGCCAACUUUUGAAUUGACAUUGGUUUUCAAACAGGAUGGCGGUGGCUGGCCGAGCCUGCGGGAUUUUUUGCGCAUUGGUACGUGUUUCCCACCUGGCACCCGCAGCGCACUUAAGCUCCGCCCUGGGUUUAGGCUCAUUAAGAAAAAACUGUACUCCGCAGCUGGAACUGUAGUUGAGGAGUGCUGAGAUGGAGAUGAAGGUGGUGGGAAGGGCUGAAGUUUAAGGGUACAUUUGAAUGCACUCACUUUCUCAUGAAUGUAAGAGUCUGCUGAAGAAGCAAACUCAUGUUUUUGUAAGCUUUUUUUUUUUUUUUUUAAUCAAUAAUAGAACUUAUUAUUUUUGUUUUUUGGCACAAAAUGACAUUGGAACAAAAUGGAGAGUUGAUGUAGUUUUUGUAAGCAUUGAGGAUAGUGUUUAAUAGUGGCCUUGACCUUGUGCCAGCCCUUAUCCGAAAUGGUCAUAAUUAUGCUCAAAUGAACGGUACACAGUGUUUCCUUUUUCUUUCACACAAAUUCAUUCAUUAUUAGAUGUGUUUUCAAAGUGGAGUUAUCUGACUGUUGAAGUUGUAAAUUAAGUACAAGAAAGCAUCACUCUAAAGGGGGCCAUAUUUCUGAAUGUAUUGUGUCUGUGCUCAUGAACAUGCUGUUCGAAGUCUUUCAAAUGUAAAUGUAAAGAUUUCCAACUGGUCAUGGUUUUAAAAAAAGAGACUAUGGAUAGGGUACUGUGUGAAUUUUUUUUUUUUUUUUUUUUCUUUAACCCCUGUGUGAGUUCACCUGGUAACGUUCACUGCGCAAAUGUUCGUCUUUAUCCUUCUACACUUGAGCUUUGUUUAACUUGUCUUCCCAACUGAAUACACUUCUAUAUUUUGCCUGAACUGCUGGUACAGCAACUGAACACUUUUCUUUAUAAAGUUCCUUUUAUAAGAAGUUGAGAGCCUUGUCUAUUUUGACAAUAAACUAUAUUUUCUAAAAA